AUGCCCGAUAUCUUCACGGUGCUGACAUGUGCAUAUGCAUUGAUUUGUCCUUCAACUCUGGCAGCCUUGAGUAUUCCUCUGGCCAACGACUUGCUUCGAAAAGAAAAAUUACUCGAAGUUUCCAACAACAUUCAUAACGUUGAUCGACAAUACCUCGUGGGAACUACGCUCUAUCCGCAGAACCCAGGACCCACGGAAAAAAAUUCAUCGCUAUACUCUUCGAUAUUGGCCUCCCAGGUAGGAGCUUUAUCUGCUUUCGAAAACCAAAAUCAAUCGAUAAUCGAGAAUACACUGCGGUCGUUAGGCCCGUACAAAUCACUGGAGAGUUUCAAGGCGGCCUAUGACGCCCUUCAAAGUGCUGAAUUGAUCAAUAUACCUCAAGCCUUUGACAAUAGCGACAAGAAUUUUGGAGCCAUACGUUUGGGUAUUCGCGGCUACAACCUCAAAUUGGUGAACUUGAACGAGUGGUCAGAACCUCUCAACUGUCUUUCGGACUCGUUGGAUUUUUCGACUAUGGGGCAAUACACGGAUUUAAACACGACAAAAUCGAAGUACGCGCCCAAUGUCGUUAGUUCUUUCUGUAACAACAUUGAAACCGGUGUACUACUGCCUUUGGCCAUCAAAAUCGUUGAUUCGGGUCUAACGUACACAAAAGAAGACUCGGCAGGGGAGUGGCAACUGGCAAAGAUGGCACUAGAUGCGACAGAACUCAACUAUCUGCAAAUCAUACACUUUGUGGAAGUGCGUAAUGGUGUCGAUCCCGAUCCAGAUUGA